AUGGCCGUGCAAGUGUAUAUCUCUCACAGCGGCAAUGCCCUCACCUACAACGACCCAAAUGCUCGUGUCGACACGUUUCGGUCAUGGAUCGAAGCCAACGCUGCGGUUCCAGCCUCUCGCCAGAUCUUGAUGACAGGCCGGGGCAAGAUUGUCAAAAAUCUGAGUAAUGAGCAAGAAGUCUUCGUCUAUGACAAGCAACUCUUGUCGUCCCACUCGAAACCUCCCUCGAGAAAUAACGUCGAACUGCAACCCCUGUCUGAUUAUCCUCUCUCCCUCGCCGAUGAGACCAGCCUGGAAGCAUGGCAAGAUCUGUUCAUGCAGAGACGGGCCUGGGCCCUAGAGGUCCUCGAAAUUGCUAAGGCGGGCGUGGAGAAUAUUGAAACAUGUGCAGAUGAGGCUUCGGUCAUCGCCCGGUCCAUGCAGGUUGCUUUGGAGAACCUGCAGAACCAUGUCACCACCCUCCAGCAGAGAUUUGAAGAGACGAAUCAGUGGGCGCAAGGUUAUAUACAAGAGUAUCGAGAUGUCCUUAAAGAUUGGCAGACAAGCGCAGACACACUUGCAGAGCUGCCUGUUCGUGAAGACGUGGCUAGAGUACUGCGGAGACCGUCCGGACCGGACCACGGUAUUGCGUCCUCGCCCGUUGGCACUCUGUCCGACCUGAUCGACCGGGACGCUCUCCAGGCUGCUGCCGACAGCGUUGAGCAAAAUUCGGCGGAUUUCGAGAAGAGGCUGCGAGAAUUACAGGCAGGGAUGGAGAAAGUCAAGCAUGAUACGGACGCAGCCCAGGGUCGGUCAACACAAGUUUUCGACUACGACACAAAUGCUUUGCGGGAAGAGACAGAGACGCUGGCCAAGCGUAUAACAUCAGAUUACGAAGACGUGUCGCAGAUGCAAGACAAUCAAAAGUCGGUGGUGGCGGCUUCGAGGAAGGCUGCCACCCAUACUCGCGAGCUGUUGCCUGCUCUGCAAGGCGUGGUGGGCGAGACUAUUCAGACUUCCUUGAGUGCUUCAAAUGCGAGAAAUGCUGCUUCGCUGGACUGGUACUCGACAUUGCAGACGAUCUCGAGUAUACAGUCCCGCCUUGCUGAAUUACAGUCUGCCAUCACGAACCUGGACUUUCAGGACAAUGACAACUUUGCCGCACUUGGCCGUGUCUUUCAGCUACCUCUUGUGUAUGGUGCUACACUUGUGGAGGCGACCCGGCGUUCAGAGUGGACUGAGAAGAUGCGCACAGAAGUCGACGCCCUGCACGAAGACUUGUCGCAGCAAACGGAAGAGGAACAACGGCGACGGAAGAAGUGGACCGCUUCACAUAGCGAUUUCUUGAACGAGGAUAUGAACGCCAAAGAUGCACUUAUCGAUUUGAAGGCGACGGCUCCACGAAAUUCUUGGCCGUUCGUGAGCAGAGAUGAGGUUUUCGCUUGGGUAGACGACCUGCGUGCCUUGGGUAUCGAUGACGCCGUACAAUCCAUCAUGCAGCGGAUGAAAGAUCUCGAUGCUCCAGUCCGCAAGCAGAAACCCACCCCUUUCAAGAAUGGAAGCAUUCAAGAUCUAAGCCAGAGUGCCGCUCUACGGAAUGGGGAUGAAGUCAGGAGCUUACAAGACGAGAAGACUCGACUCGAGGAGAAGCUGCGAGCUUCAGACAGUCGAGUCAGGAAACUCGAAGACCUUUUGCACCGUCAAAGCCAGCUGAGCCGGCCUGCCAGUGGGGUCUUUCAGCCCGGCAGUGCCGCAGACUUCGAGCGGCAACAGGCUCCUUCACCUAGCACUUUGCAGAGACAGAGUGACCUGUCACGCAGGUCAUCAGUAUCUGUCCGACGGCUAUCGAACAAUCAGGAUGAGCGGUCACUGGUGCAAAAGAUUGUUGCGCUAGAAGCACAAGUUCAAAAGUUGCAGGAAGAAGCACAUGCUGAGCGACGGUCAAGCACACAAAGCCGCGACAAAAUGGAGGAAGCAGAACUGGUCAAGCGCGACUUGAUGGCUAAUUUCGAAGCUCAAAAGCAAGAGUUUGAAGAAGAAAGACAAUUGCUUGAUGACGAAGUGCACCGGCUGAAAGUCAAACUCGAAGAAGCCGAAGAGGAGCUCGACCGACUCAAUGACUCACGAGACCACUUCCACAAGGAGCAAGAUCAAGCCCUAGUCACCUUACGCAGCGAACUCGAGGAGGCCAAGCGAACUGCGGCGGACGACCUGGCACAGUCAGAACGCAAGCUCGCAGCAGCACAAAAGGAAACGGCUACCCAGCGAGAAAGAGCGGCCACUCUGGAUCGCCAACUCCAUCAAGUCAAGGAGGAGCGCGCAUCAGCGCAAUCGCACAAUGUAGCAUUAGCAAGCCAGCUUCGGCAAAUGGAGGACCAACAGCAAGAAUACCUUGCCAUAUUGCAGGGCGCACACGAGAACCUUUCUCCUGCGGGAUCUCCACCAGAUGAUCUGAGGAGGCUUAUCAAUGCACUAGAGAUUUUGUCCGAAGGAGCGGCGAUUCAUGCUCGCGGGCUAGACGAUUCGCUGCAGCUUGCCACGGCGGAAAACAAAUCCCUUGAGGAAAAGCUGGCAAACGUGGAAGGGCAGACAAAAGUCUUGACCGGAAAGCUCUCAAGCGCAGAAGCCCGUGCCACGCAGUUCAGAGAAAGCCUCGAGCAGGAGCGACGGCAAAUCUCCGCUCUGCGCUCAGAGCUCGCCAGUGACCGUACGGAGAUGCACUCUCUGAGAGAGAAAUUCGCCGCUGGGGAGACUGGAUCGGACGCCUUACGCCAACAGCUGAAAUCGGAAGAACUUAAAGUAGCCGAGCUGGUGGACCGCAAGGCCGAAGAUGAAGGGGUAAUCCAGCGUCUGAAACAUGAACUCGAAGACCUCAAACGCGAAGCAGCCCUCGCCGCAGAGGCACAAGAAAAGCUGCGCCGCCAUUUCGACAAACGCGGCGAACGUGCCAAACAACUCUCGGAGCGCCUCUUCCAUCACCACGACAGGAUAAUACGCAUGCUGGAACAGUUCGGGUACUCUGUCUCUCGUGCAGAAGACACACCGACACUCACGAUCCAACGCGCCUCCAAGGUGAACGCAUCCACCUUGCUAAGCGGCAACGAGUCUUCCCCUGCCCAUACAAGUGCCAUGCGCCGCACCAUAUCCGGCUCAGCACCACCUCAGCACUAUUCCGACCCCUCCGACUUGGACACCCUCUACUGGACAAGUGAUAACGAUCUGACCAGCGAGUCCUCCAAAUUCACUUCCUUUGUCUCCACUUUAUCGCGCUUGGACAUCGACUCCACGAUCGACAUAUUGACGAAACGCUACAAGGAUGUCGAGUCGCUGGCGAAGAAAUAUCAGAAGGACUCACGGGCGUAUCGUGAACGCACACAUAGAAGCCAAGCCGAUGCGCACGAUAAGAUCGCAUAUAGGUCGUUCAAGGAAGGUGAUUUAGCGCUCUUCCUGCCGACCCGGAAUCAGGCUACCCGCCCGUGGGCGGCGUUCAAUGUUGGCGCGCCACAUUACUUCCUGCGAGAAACGGAGACACACAAGUUGGCUAGCCGAGAUUGGCUGCUCGCGAGGAUUACACGGGUUGAAGAACGAGUCGUCGAUCUAUCGAGGAGUAUGAGGGGCAAUGCGAGUAUGUCUGCCACCGGCGAUGAUGGGAGUAUGCGCAGCAUGGACGACGAGAAUCCGUUUGAGUUGUCGGAUGGGUUGCGGUGGUACAUGAUCGAUGCGGUGGAGGAGAAGCUGGGUGCUCCCGGCACGCCGAGCGUGGGCAAGAGUACUGUUAUUGCGAGCAAUGUGGAGGUGAAAGGGCAUAUGGGCACACGGAAGGAACAUAAAUCUGCGCUGGGCAUGGGAAGCGGCGGCGCAACAGGUACGGCGAGUAUGUUCACUAAGACGUUGACGAAGAGUCUGGAUAGCAGACGGUCCAGUUCGGGCAGUAAGAAGAGUUUGGAGACGAAAGGCAAGGAGAGGGGUGUGAAGGACAUGCUGCCUUCGAGCAAGGUUGCGCCGCUGGCGCCCAUUACAAGCGAUACGGAUGCGGAGAGGCGGCAUGCUCUUCCUCACGAUGCGAGGGGAGCGACUGUGGCUGUUCCUGACGAGGAUGCGCAUGCGGAUGCGGACAACGAGAAUGACGAAGCCGAAGGACAGAAUGCGGCGGACCCGAUGACCGCACAGGCUCCGAACCAAGCUCAGGGCCAAGCCAGCGUGCCUAGCAUUGUGCGUCGUCCAACCGAGGCGAGCCAGACCGACAGGGAAGAAGCCCAGGUCUUUGAAGUGGUGAGGCGAGAUCUACUUCUCGGCCCCUAA